UUCAGUUUUGAAGUUGAGAAGCUGUAUUGUCAGUCUGUUCUGUUAGUUGAUUACUUGCAUUUGAUUGCUUUAAAUUCCAUGUGUUUGAUCACAGAUCGCUACAAUGCUUUAAUACUUAUGUAAAAUACAUCGAUUAAUUGGUCCAAUUGAAAAUAUUUUGGUAUAGUCCAGUUCCGUAUUUACCAUGCACGUUGAAGAUAGUGAAGCACUGAAGAAGUGGCUGGCAGCUAAAAUCUGGAGGCUCUGUGAAGCGGAUCAAUUCACCUUAGCCAAAUAUAUUUUGGCAUUAAUCCGAAAGGAGAAACCAGAGGAUGAGCUACGCAGAUUUUGUGUGCUGCAACUUUAUGCAUUUUUUCGAAAAAAUACCAAAGCCUUUGUUAACAAGUUGUUUGUAGUGUUAAGGACUAGAGAGUAUUUGGAUCCUUCUGAAGUUAAUGAUGAUGUUAGAGAUAUUGUUGCCCUAGGAUUAAUCCGACCUUAUACAGAGGCUGAUUUUCGGGCUGAGUAUCCUCUGGAGAGUAAUGGACAUGAUUUAGUGAAAGAGCUGAAUUCUGCACCACAGUUUAAAUCUGGAAUCAAUGUUGCAUCUCCAUACAGUGGAGUUCUUGGGUUAACUGCUGAGGAAAAUAGCAAAUGUGGAGCCAGUGCUUCUGGAUACAGUGGAGCUCAUGGCUCUGCACCAAGGUUUGGAAACGAAGAAGCUCCUUUAUAUGUGCCAACUGCAACAAAGGGAGUGAAGAAUUCUGCAGCUAGUUCAUCUAACUUAUCAUCUGUUGUUGUAUAUAAUGGAGUUAAACAUGAACGUUGCUCAGAUUAUGACAAAAAAGGUUUCUGUAUGAGAGGGAAUAGUUGUCUCUAUGAUCAUGGCUCUGACCCUCUGAUUGUUAAUGUUGAUUCAGGAUUGGGGUUAAAAGUUCCUACCUCACAAGCUUCCUCUAAUACUGGAUUUAAUAUGAAUUUUUCAUUGAAGCCACCACUGCCAUCUCGUCCUCCACCUCCAUUACCCCCAUUGCCAAAUUCACCACCUCCUCCUCUUUCAGAUUUUUAUCUUCCUGAGCCAUACAAUCCAGAAUCUCCAGGCAUGAAUAUGGAUUCGGAACGCAAAAGUUACAAUGAUUACAAAAGAUCUCAUGCUAGUCACUUGAGCGGACUUUCCACUUCAUCCUAUAAACCACAAAGAACUAGAGAGUUGAUCGGUGUAACCAUAUCAGACAACUCUCAAGUUGGAAGAAGUAAUGAUAUUUUGGAGAAGAAAAGAAAAGCUUUUGAUAGUUUGGGUGGUCCAAGAAAAGUUCCUAAACUGACAUUUAACAAGACUGUUCUUGAAGUCCGGAAAAUCCCACGACAUUUGAAUAAAAUGGAGUUUUUGAUUGGUCAUUUCAGAAAAUUUGGAACCAUUGUCCAUAUUCAGAUAGAGUAUGAUGAUGAUCCAGAAGCAGCUCUUGUGCAGUAUAGUCAUGAGGAAGAGGCAAUUGCUGCAUAUAAAUGUCCUGAGCCUGUGCUUGAUAAUCGUUUCAUUAAAGUAUAUUUUCAGAAACAGACAGACAACAUUGCAGAAACAAAGAUUGGUCUGGAUAAUAAUUUGAAUUCUGCAGUUUACUCCAAAGCCUCAUCUUCAAAGAGAUUCUAUAAACCUCCUACUAGGGGUGCAUACAAACGCUCUCAAUAUCCUCCUACUAGGGGCGCUCAUGGAAGAAAUAUUCGAAGAGAUAAUACAAAUGCUGUGAGUAAGCGCUGGGAGCUCUAUGUUAAAAAGCAGGAAUUGUUAGAGGGCCAAAUGAGUAACCAAAGGUUAAUACUGAGUAAGCUUGAGUCAUGUAAAAAACCUGCCGAAAGAGAGGAGCUGAAAAAGUUAAUGUUUGAUUUAACUGCAAAAAUUAAGACUAUGCAAGAGGAGUUAAAAGUGGAAGGCACAGAGCUUAAAGCCUAUUUUGAAGCUGUUAAUAAACCUGCAUCUUCAAAAAUGAUUCCAAUUAUGGAAAGAGAGUGCAAUAAGAAUCAAAAUAUUCAAAAUUCAGUUAAUUCAUAUUUUAAUACAGCAGUUGAUGAAUUGGAAGCACAGGCUAAAUCUUUAGAAAUUGUUGAUGAUGCAGAAGCAAGCCUUGAAAAUCGCAAAAAGAAGUCACAUGUUAAAGAAACUGUCUCAAGCAAUGGUUCGUACUCCCUCUCUACCAAUAAGUCUCCUGACGUUGCUUGCCGUCCUAAGUAUAUCUUGCUGUCAGGACUGACUGAUAAAAUUGAUAAAGAGAACUUAAAGAAACAUUUUCAGGAGUUUGGUGUUGUUGAAAGUAUUGAUGAUACACUAUUUGAUAAGAUAAUUAUUACUUUCUCCUUGCCAGAAGAAGCUGAAAAGGCCUUCUUGAUGGGGAAAAAAUUUGGUGAUAUUAACCUGAAUUUAAGCCUCCGUAAUAAGCUAUCUUCAUCAUCCAGCAGUUCCAGUGAUACUGAUUUAGAUACUAGCAUUCUUAAACUGGACGAUUUUGAUGAUGACGAUGAUGAAGAUGAAGAGGAAAGUGAGGCAAGAUCUUGGCGCCAUUGAAACUUUAUCUUAUUUUGCAUUCUUUUUUCUUAAAUAUCAUAGUCAUUUUUCAUUUUGAUGCAAAUUUUUAUUGCUGUCAGUAAUAUUUUAUGAAUAUAACUCUGUGAAUACUCAUCUUUGUAAGGUUUUAAAGAUUUGAAAAUAAAA